AUGGAUGCCAGCAGAUCUAUCUUAAUAGCAAGUGCAAUCGAAGAUGUUUGUUCGCAAAGCGAACCUAAGAAGCGUGCCGAAAUAGCCAGCAUCCUGAAUCCUUUCAUUGCCGGAGGUGUUACUUUGGCUGGACAAGAAAAUAUCAAACUCGUUGCAGAAUUUGUGAAAAAGAAAGGUUUUGGGAUAAAAUAUGGUGAUACAGAUUCCCUAUAUCUUACUUGCCCAAAUUUCUAUUAUGAGAAAUGCAAUUUAUCUUACGAUGUUAAAAAAGGCGUAAUCUCAAAACAAGAGUAUUGGACCAAAAUGGUCAAAAUUACUAUGGAAAUAAUGGAAAAAUUGUGCAAUAAAGUAAAGAACUUUCUUAGGCAAGAUCAUUCUCGUCCUUUAAGUCCUGAAGAAGUGCCACAAUUAAAGAAAGCAAAAAGUAGUCAAAAAAAAUCAAGUUGGAUGUGGAAAUAUUUUGAAGAAGUAGAUAUUAAUGAACAAACAAGUGAUAAAGGAGAACCACUUAAGAGGUGUAAAAUUUUAAGUACAGAUGGAAAAAAGUGUGGAGCUAUUCAUGUUAAUGAUGGUUUAACCAGUAACACAAUUAAUCAUUUAUCAUCAGAACAUGAUAUAACAAAGGAUGAUAGAAUGAAGAAUGUUGAUUUAGAUACAAAAAAAGAUGCUAAAAGAUUAAAGCAAAUAAUGAUUACAGAUGAGGAAUGGGAUUUUCUUGCCGAUAUAAUAGAGGUAUUAUCAACAUUUGCAGAUGCAACAACGGAAUUAGGAUUUAGGAGGAAGUAA